UAAAUGGUUGAUAAUCAUUUACCAGGCCUCUGUAGAUCACAGGCCAUCGAUUGAUUGCAGUCGGCACGCCACGCGCCACAGGAGGCUUAAGUCACAAGAUGUUCUUGCAUGCAAGAUCAGUGCAGGAGGCUCCUGCAACACCCUCACCAGGGGAGCUUGGCAAUAAUGUGGACAGUGGAGAUGAAUCAUCUGAAUCAAAUCUGGACCACCAAGAGGGCCACUUUGGCUACACCACCGAACAGGAGAUCGAGCGCGCUGUGCAGGAGUGCAAGGCUGCCAUCCUGGAGAGCGAGCGCAGCUCCGACGAGCGGCGCCGGCUGGUGCGCCGGCUGGUGGAGCUGCGCCUGCACCGGCUGGAGCUGCGCGAGGGCGCCGCGCCGCUGCCCGAGGGCGCCCGCCGCCUGCGCGGCCACCUGCUGCAGCCACAGCGCGUGUCGCGCCGCCGCGAGUACUGCGACCAGUGCGCCGGCGUGAUCGUGGCGCUCGUCCACCUCUGGUACACCUGCCAGGGGUGCGGCCUGCACGCGCACGCCGCCUGCCUGGAGGCGGUGCGGCGCAACUGCGCCGUGGAGCGUGUGCAGGAUGAGCCCGAGUACGACCUGCGCAUCUGCCCGGAGCGCGGCCUCUCGCAUCAGCAGUUCAAGUGCGCCGAGUGCGGCCGCCGGGUCAUGCCAGAGCCCGACUACCAGAUGACGGGGCUGCCCAGCGGGGAUCCCAGCGUGUACAGCCCGCGGCUCUGCGACUACACGGGCCUCUACUUCUGCUCCGUCUGCCACUGGGAUGACCGCGCCGUCGUCCCUGGCCGCGUCAUCCACAACUGGGACUUCGACAAGUACUCGGUGUCCUGUGGCACGAGACAGUACCUGGAGCUGAUGUGUGGCAAACCAGUCCUGGACGUGGAGAAAGCCAACCCGUUCCUCUUCAACUUCGUCGACGAGCUUCGGCACGUUAAGAAGCUGCGGGAGGAGAUGAUGCUGAUGAAGCAGUACUUCCUGUCGUGCCGCGCCGCGCUUGAGUCGCGCAUACUACUGGCGUUCGGCGGCCGGCAGUACUUCGUCGAGUCCUCGCACCUGUACAGCAUGCGCGACCUAAUGGAGGUGCGCUCGGGCCAGCUACUCGCCUUCCUGCUGGCCGUCCACGCCAAGUUCGCCAAACACAUCCGCGAGGAGUGUGAGGCGUGUCGUGGCAAGGGCCACAUCUGCGAGGUGUGCGCCGGCGAUGAGGUGCUGUUCGCAUUCGACGCGCACGUGGUGCCGUGUCCGCGCUGCGGCCGCGUCAUGCACCAGCACUGCUACGUCCGGCGCGACGGACAGUGUCCGCGCUGCGCCCGGAUCGACGCUCGGCAGCAGGGACAAGCGGACGGCGAGCGGACAGCGGCGACGGACGGGGGUGUGACGGGGCGGAGCGGAGAGGUGGAUCGAGACGGGACGGCGGUGGCAGGCGGACACGUGAAGGGGGAGCAGGGACAGAUCGACACGUGACCGGACAACAGGGACGGACCGGCACGUGACCAGACAACAGGGACAGACCGACCCGUGACCAGAUAGCAGCGACAGACCGACACGUGACCAGACAACAGGGACAGCUGACACAGGGUCGGACGGAGACGUGACCUGACAGCAGGGACAGACCUUCACAUGAUCGGACAACAGGGACAGAUGGACACGUGACAAGACAGCAGGGGCAGCCGACACAUGACCGGACAACAGGGAGGGGCGGACACGUGAAGAUGCCACAAGGACAGGCGGGCAUGCGACGGAACAUAUUGCACGCGUAUUGACCGGACGGCGGGAACGCUGUGUGACGGGGCUAGUUUCAGGAACCUUUAGAAAUGCGGGUCCUUGCCGCAGGGACAGUGAUGGUAGUGCGACUGCCGCUGCAGAAGUGCGAUGUCACAUCAGGGUGCGGCACAAUCACAUAAACGCGCAAAAUGGCCGCUCACCGUACGGGAGGACGCUCUCGUCUUACGAUACAGCUCGGUCGCUUUCUUUGAACGUCAGCAUGCAACUAUGGCGCGACGAGACAGGGUCGGGACACUGCAGCAUGGCAGCCUGAUGACGUUUUUUGAUUAACGGAACAGAACAAUGCGAACACCUCCACGUGACCUGACGGACGAGUACAUGUCUCCCCCGCGUCGAUACAUGGCGCAAGUCAGUCACGUGACGGGAGAACGAGGGCGUCCCAUGACGUGACAAAACGGCAGGCACAGGCUGCCACGCGACAGCACGGGGUUGCCCGAGACGAGACGAAAUGUCAGGUGAUGAGGGUAAAGUUCCGUGCGCUUUGGGUUGGGAAUGUUCUCUUGAAGAGCUGCGAACAAGAUCGGCUCCUCAGUGAUUGUGAUUGGUCCCAGAGUUAACGGGCACGUUUAUGGCUGGUCCGAGAGUGAGCGGGCUCAUUUGUGAUUGCUCCAAUAGUCAGCGAGCUUGUCUGUGAUUGGUCCGAAGGUUGAGUGGUUUGUUUGUGAUUGGCUCGAAUGUCGAGUGGCUCGUUUGUGAUUGACCCGAGACUUGGUCGGGUGGUUUGUGCAUGGGGCGAGAGACGGCGGGCUCGGAUGUGUGACAUCUCGCAAGGUGUUGUUCCCAGUGAUUUGUUGGCACUCGGGAUGUCAGUAAGGGAUGUAGGCCUGGUGCCCGAGGACAGCUGUCUCGUACUAGUACGGUCAUGACGUAAGGAAGAGAUGGCGUAUGACACCCAUGCGCGUGCCUCUCUCGAAAUGUUCACUGCGCUGCUGAGUUGUGACGAUGACGACGAAAGAAAUUGACUUCAAGUGUGAUUUCAGUCGUUUUGUAGUUUUCGGCUUUCCGACACCUCUGAAUAGAGACAACCCUGCGCAACGUCAUGACCAUUUUGGUCCCACGCGGUUUGUAUAUGUUUUGCAUUGCACCCAUGGGAUGUGUCUAGACUGGCACAAUAACAUUCAGUCAUGCCUUCCCCGGGAGCUCCGGCUGCAGGGCAGGAAUAGCUAGUCUUCUGAUAUGGUGGUUGCGGGGUGAUAGGGCCGCUGGGUGUGGCCUUAAGACCACUGACAGCCGUCACGUGCUCUGUGCUUCUGUUCACGGAUCUUUCGAAGGCAUUGCUGGGGUCACUGUGGAAUGGUCGUGAUGGCUAUCAUUGAGUAUUAAAACAUGUGUGUGGUUGGAAUCAUAAUGGUUUUGGUACCUCCAAACUGUUCUGACGUUGUUGAGACUAAAUACAAUUUUCAAGCUACGA